CCCAAAACGGAUUUGAAUGUGAUGAGUAGCUAUUGCAAAGCUUGUUCUGUUGUUUUUAUGCUUAUUUCUAUAUAGAUUUGGGUCCCCCACCUUACUCUUCAUUGGCAUAAGCUGUGCCAGUGUAAUUGACAGCAUCUUUGAAAUUGGGAAGGAAACCAAAGCAAGGAUGUGUGAGGAGCCUGUUUCCUUUUACUACACCUUUCUGAUUCCUGAAAAGCACAAGACCUUUUCUGCCCCUUCUCACGUGCUGCGUAUCCUCUAAUCUUUGGUUUUUUUUUUUUUUCAUAUCCGAAUUAACCACUUUAUCAAGAGAUUUAUAUCUGUCACACAUUUUGCUCAACCAACUGAGUUAGAUUUUGGUGUUAUCCUUUGAUAUAAACUAAGCUCUUUCAUUUUUCCAAUAUUAAAACUUCCAGCUUCUUCCUUCCUCUGUGACUCAAACUGCAUCAACCAAGUUAGUGGGAUUUUCUAUAAAUUGUUGUCAAUUUGUCAUGUCAUGUAUAUGAGAAACUCAUGAAAACUCUGGUGGUGACUUAUUAGUUCUCUCGGCAAGUAAGGAUUUCAAACAAACUAAAGUUGAAGAGAGUAUAAAUGACUUUGGAAACUCUUCAAUCCAAUGAGUUCUCCAACUUCAUUAUCUAUGACACUAUCUCUGCAACUCCAUUUAGCAGCCAUGGCUCCCCAGAGGCUAGUUUCUUGGAAAGUUUUGUGAACUAUCAGGAGCAGCAUGACCACCCUACAUUUGAUAAUUGCGCAAUGAGGACCCGAAAGCGUGAAGCCAGCGAACCAGAAAGCAUUGGCCGGAGGCAGAAUUCGGUGGCAGUGCAAGGGAGGAAGAAGAGGAGAAGGAAGCCAAGGGUUUGCAAAAACACGGAAGAGGCUGAGACACAAAGGAUCACACACAUUACAGUGGAAAGAAACCGCCGGAAGCAGAUGAAUGAGCAUCUUGCUGUCCUUCGUUCACUCAUGCCGGAGUCCUACGUCCAAAGGGGUGACCAGGCCUCUAUAGUGGGUGGUGCCAUAGAGUUUGUAAAAGAGCUGGAGCACCUCUUGCAAUCACUUGAAGCUAGAAAGCUGCAACUUUUGCACCAAGAAGUGGCACAAACCAAUGAAAAUACGGCCAUUUCCAAACUCAUGCAACCUCCUUUUGCACAUUGUUUUUCGUAUCCACAGUACACAUGGUCCCAGACUCCUAACAAAUACACAUCCAAGACCAAAGCUGCCAUAGCUGAUAUCGAGGUUACUUUAAUCGAGACCCAUGCAAAUCUUCGAAUUCUCACCAGGAGAAGCAGCCACGGGCAGCUAACAAAGUUAGUAGCUGGUUUUCAAACGCUGUGCCUCACCGUCCUACAUCUUAAUGUCACCACCAUAGACCCUUUGGUGUUCUAUUCCUUCAGUGCUAAGGUUGAAGAAGGAUUCCAACUUGGUUCAGUAGAUGGUAUUGCAACGGCAGUCCAUCAUUUGCUUGCAAGAAUUGAAGAAGAGGCUUCCCUUUGCUGUUGAUCAGGUUCAUCUGGGGACACGAGAUUUUAGUGAAAUGACCAAAUCAACCAUCUACACCAACCUCAACAGAGAGAGAGGGGGGAAAGAAUAUUUGCUAAUGGCUUUAGUUUUUUAUUUUUGUUUGUUUGAUGUCCAACUGAUGUGUUAAUGCUAAACUUUAGUUGCAGUAGAUGAUGGUGUUUUUUAAAAGUUGCUUCAAGCAAGUACAACUAAAAAUCAAAUGAAAAAGAAUGUUGAUACAGUUUAUCUCGUUUGCAGUUA